AUGGUUUAUCCAACGAAAACAAUCACCAACGAUCCACUUUUCUCUUGCAUCAUCACUCUUUCCAUGUUGAUUCUUCUUUAUUUUCCCCAUAGAUUCUCCCUCCUUUUCUCUCCGGUCCUCGUCUUGUCAGCUUCUCUCUUGCUUUCCCUACUUCGUUUCGGUGCAUCACAGAGAAUCCAAACGGAAAAAAUAAUAAAAGGAAGCGUGGCGAGAGUUGCAGAGCUUGAAGAAGAAGAAGAAGAGUCUGCACCGGUAGAGCUCAAAUGGACAACAUGCAAAAACGAGCCAAACCUUAUAGUGCAGAGCUUCGAAGAAAGGUUCGUCGAAUGGGACGUAAGAGCUCCGUUAGAGGUUAUAUACGAAGAAUUCGAAGAAGGAGACGAAGAGGCGAAGGAUCCGAAUUUGAAUUUGGAUCCGACGCGUGGCAUCGAGAGGUACCCGUCGUUAGCUCUUUACUACCCGGAAUCGGAUUCGGAUAGUUCAUCGGGAGAGGAAAUGGACUUUCCGGCGAUCGGUAAAUGGGUUCCGUCGGUGAAGAUGGGUUAUCGAUGGGAAGAGGAAGAUAGAGAAGGGUUGAUUGAGUUAGAACUCGACGAGAGAGAGGUUGAUUUUCGUGGAGAAGAUGAUAAUUUGAUAGAGAUUGAUAUUUCUUGA